GGAUUUUAUUAAUAAAAGUUAGAUAAGAAUGUUAGACUAAAUAUCUGUAACGCUAUAUAUACUAGUAAUAAAAUAUGAAUUAAUCUAAUUAAUUUUGGUAUUCAAAUAUGAAUCAAAGAGUUGAUGUAACAAACACAAAUAACGCUAUAACUAGAAGUCGGAUUUUUACUCAAGUACUUAGAUUUACAAAAUCUAGUCCAAAAAUAUUAGAUUUACAAAACCUAUCUAGUCCAAAAAGAAAUAGUAGAUCCGUUUGAUAUAUAAAAAAAUAAUUUUUAAAUUAAUAAUAAACUUUAUAAAUAUUAAAAAGCAAAGUCAUAAACUUUUCUUAUAUUUAUAAUAAAUAAUAAUUUUGAGAGAGACCAGUGACAUGUGAUUUCUCAUAAAUAUAUAAUCUAUAAACACAAUGGUUUGCUAUUCUUUUGACGUGGGUUAGCAUAAGUCUUGUUUCCCAUACAACUUGGGUGACAUUACAAGUAUUUUUUCCUCACAACUUUUGUGAUUUCUUCUCGACUUUCAAAUUCUCUCUCUAUAAAUGUUUCUUUGAGCGGCUUUGCAGAGGUGAAAUUUUAAUGCUAUAAUAAAAAACAAGUUAAUUAAAUGGAAAGACAACGACUAGAAGUUGUGUUAAUAAUCUUGUUGGGAUUGUUUGUUUACGUAAAUUCAUGCACCAUUAAUGGAGAAACUGAAACUGGAAAACUGUGUCAUGCAUGAUGGUUUACAAUGAAGGUGGGGCGCCUGCAGUUCUUGAGUCUCCUCAAUGUCGCCGUCGUCCGGAGGAGCCAUCACAACAUGAACUGUGAGUCUGCUAGACUUCAGGGACGAAGAAAGUACCAAGAGGAUCAUGUUUUCUGCGAUCUCCAUAUUCCAAUUCUAUUUUAUGGUAAAAAUGGAGUGAAGGAAGUUAGAAUUGGCAUGGUUGCAGUCUUUGAUGGUCAUGCCGGAGCUGAAGCAGGUGAAAUGGCAUCAAAGCUCCUGUCGGAUUACUUCUUGCUACACACAAAUUUUAUUCGUCAUGAGGCUUCAUUUUCACUUACAUUUAAGAAAAACUACAAUGGAAGCUCUCUGUUUAAGGAAGAAGAUUAUUCGGAUCAGCUUGAUUCAAUUGUUGAAAGCUAUGCUCUACCUCUGACUGAAUCAAUGCAUAUGGAAAUUUUGAAAGAAGCACUGGUGAGAACAAUCCAUGAUAUUGAUACAACAUUUUCCAAGGAAGCUUCAGAAAACAAUCUUGUUUCCGGAUCUACGGCCACAGUUGUUCUUUUAGUAGAUGGUCAUAUUUUAGCCGCACAUGUUGGUGACUCAAAGGCUCUUCUUUGUUCAGAGAAAUUCAACACUCCAGAUGAGGUUCAAGGUACUUUACUGAGAGAAUUCAAGAGAAGAAGAAGAAUAGGCUGUAAAGAUAUGAGAUUAGCUGCUUCUAAUGGGUUGACCCGGCUUUCUGCCGAGGAACUAACAAGAGAUCAUCAUCCAGAUCAAGUUGAUGAAAGAUUGCGAAUUGAAGCGUGUGGCGGUCAUGUUGAUUGGACCUAUGUGCUUCGUGUCAAUGGCCAGCUAGCUGUGUCAAGUUCUAUUGGUGAUGUAAAAUUCAAAAGGUUUGGAAUAUUUAGUCUGUUAUAUAAUAUAAAUUUGGAAAAAAAAAUAAAAAAAAUUCUUGCUAAUUUAUGUUUUUGUGAAUUGUGGUCAGCUAUGGUGUCCUAAUCUUCGCCUGAGGUAAUGGACUGGCGACCGUUAACCAGAAACGACAGCUACUUAGUGGUUUCAUCUGAUGGAAUAUACGAAAAGCUUACCGUCCAAGAUGUCUGUGAUCUUUUGCCAUACGGACAUUCCAAAGGUUAUGAAAUGUUGAAGCUGUUCCCUUCGUGCCAUUAUCCAUCAGCCGAAUGCAUAGUAAAGACUGCCUCGGAAGAAGGCAGCAUGGAUAACUUGUCAGCCAUUGUGGUUCCAUUGAAGUCAGCUGGCCUUCUGUCUAAGAACCUGCAAAAUAGAAGCAGCAAUGACGAAGCAUUCAGUCUUCAGCUUUGCAUUACUUAGGAUAUUGUACAGUAAUGACAAUAUACUAAUUGGUUGAAUUGGAUUUUAUUUUAUUUUUAUUAUCAACCGGCACGAGAUGAGCUACAAAAUUUACAAAUAUUAUGCGAAGUAUGUUAAACUGGACAUUCACGGGUACAUCAUCACUAUUCUACACUCAAAUGGAUUGACAAAAAAAAUUCUUUUCCUUUCCCUUGAACAAAUCCUAGGUCCCAGACAUGGCAUGGUAGUAUUCUACCCACAAUGUAGCAAUUAUAAAAAAUAUA